AUGCAUCAGUACUCCUUGGUCUUUCUUCUUCUCGCUCUUAGCGGUCUACUGGACGCCCAGCCAUCCGGCAAGUAUUGUGGGUCAGGGUCUACCAUAUUCGGCGACUUUGCAGUCGAAAUCGUCAUCACAAGCUCAACGACAGCCGACAUUUACGCUGUAUACACUCCCCCUGGCGGAGACGCGGGAGGUGGUAACGUGAAGGAUGUUAAAUACAUUUACGACUCUUCAAAUGGCGACAUCACCGUCACGGACGUAGACAAGUUGGACGCACUGAUUGAAAAGAUUGGAGCGCCCAUUAGUGGAGCUGACCUUGCGCACCUCAAGUAUACUGACGGCAAGAUUCUCGUUGUGAAUCUAGGCAACUUCGCUCUGAACCCCUGCUGA